AUGUACCGUUUUUUUGGGUACGCACAGAACCAGCCCAAGCCCGACUUGCAGCAGGCAAUUUCGAACACGGAUGCGCGUGUAGGUACCACAAAAGAUAAGGUUAAGAGUCUCGAUGCGGAACUUGCGCGGUACCGCGACCAAAUGAAGCGUAUGCGUGAUGGUCCUGGCAAGAAUGCGGUCCAGCAGCGGGCGAUGCGCAUUUUGCGGCAAAAGCGCCUGUAUGAGUCGCAAAUGGAGCAGCUUUACCAGCAAAGUUUCAAUAUGGAACAGAGCAUGAUGACUACAGAGAAUUUGCGCAACACUAUGGCCACUGUGGACGCCAUGCAGCACGCAAACAAAGACUUGCGCAAAACGUAUGGCAAACUUGAUAUUGAUAAGAUCGAGCAAAUCCAAGACGAGAUGGAAGACUUGAUGGAGCAGUCUGGUGCGCUCCAGGAGACCAUGUCGCGCAGUUAUGGCGUGCCGGACGAUAUCGAUGAGGCGGAGCUAGAGGCAGAACUGGAGGCGCUGUACGUGAUGAGCUACGACUAA